AUGGGCUUGGAGCAGGAGCCGCGAGCUCAAGAGCGCGUGUCCAUUCAGCCUCACCAGCUACACCCCGGCUUUGACUUCAGCCACCAACUGCAAAGUCCACAACCCAUGGGGCCCCAGCCCAGGUAUUUAGCUGAAGGCACGGACUGGGACCUCAGUGUCGAUGCGGGACUGACUCACGCCCAGUUCCAGGUCCGGCCAGUCCCUCAGCCCUAUCAGCAUUACUUAGCUACACCUCGGAUGCACCAUUUCCCCAGAAGCACAUCCUCGACACAGAUGGUUGUUCACGAAAUCAGAAAUUACCCUUAUCCUCAGCUUCAGUUACUUGCUCUUCAGGGACUGAACCCAAGCAGGCACACGUCUGCUGUGCGGGAGAGCUAUGAAGAGCUGCUGCAGCUGGAGGACAGGCUGGGCAGCGUGAGCCGGGGCGCAGUCCAGAACACCAUCGAGAGGUUCACCUUCCCCCACAAGUACAAGAAGAGAAGACUGCAGGAGGGCAAAGCUGAGCAAGAGGAUGGAGAGGAGUCAGACACUGAUGAGAAAUGCACAAUCUGUCUGUCCAUGCUUGAAGAUGGAGAAGACGUCAGGCGGUUGCCCUGUAUGCAUCUCUUCCAUCAAGUGUGCGUGGACCAGUGGCUGGCCACCAGCAAGAAGUGCCCAAUCUGCAGGGUGGACAUUGAAACACAGCUUGGCUCGGACAGCUGAAAGGACUGGCUGGACACACCAUUUUCCUUACCAGGUCGUAUGGCCAUAAACCCUUGCAGCAAAAUUUUUGCCUUCUGAGCCAUUUGAAUGAGAGGAAAAGUCUGCAGGCACGUUAGUGAGGAGGAGGAGGAGGUGGUGGUACAAUAUCUAGCUGUAGGAGAUAUUGCACAUAUGCAGGAUACGGGCCCAGUGAAAGGGAGCUGGCAUUCCCGGAGCUCAGAGACCCUGUGCUGCAGAAGAUUUACUGUUGAACAUGAAGGAACUAGUUGUGGUAGUCUAGCCUGUCAAUCCUGCAUUUCAUGAGGAUUGUAUAUAUACCUCUUGAAUACGUAAAAACAUGUUAGGGAUCCUUUAGU